AUGUCGCAAUCGGAUGAGCACACCGGUAGUGACGUCCUCCGUGUUGGUAAUGACGCAGGAUUCAAUCACCAGGGCAGUGCUGCUUUGAGGUUCCACAUCGGGCGGCUUAUACAGGCUCCUGGUCUCUCAGUCACAUUUUGCAUAUCUCACUUCCUGUGCAGCUCCUACGGUCUGGCACCCCAGAUGAUUACUCCCGUUUCUGCUGGUUUUAUCCCUUACUGCCACCAGGGUUUCUUAUCCUCCAAGACGGAUGUUUCUCUUUUCCACUACUCUGCUGGCGCAUCCUGGGUAUAUUUGCUUGUAUAUGUCGACGACAUUAUUAUGAUUGGGAACGACCCCACACUCAUCUCUACUCUUCUACGUCGCCUAUCUACCACUUUCAAGAUCCGAGAUCUUGGUACACCUGAGUUCUUUCUAGGACUUGAGACCUUGAAGGACAUUCUGAACCACGUUGGCAUGUCUGAUUGCAAACCGCUGGCAACACCGGCUGCCGUUACUCAACCUGUUACACCCUCCGAUCAACCGUACGACAACCCAACUCAGUAUCGGCGCAUCGUUGGGGCACUCCAGUACUUGACUAUCACUUAG